GUUAGUUGUAUAUGCAACCGUGAGCACUACUGAGGUCUACGAGAGAUACAUUGCGCAAGAGCGCCAUCGGUCCUCACCGGACUGAAAGUAACUAGCUAGAAAGACACAGACUCUUCCGCGCCACACUUUGUGUACGAGGAGUACCCUUCUUGAGGAUGAUGUAAAACAUCAUACUCGUAUUACCUAUGUACUAAAUGUAAAUAAGGAUGCAGUAACCAAAGCCGAAGGGAAACUCUCAAACCGGUUGCUAGCACUAGCAAACUAGUGUAAUCAUGAAAGGAUGUAGUCACUCUUGACUCCGUGUCAAUAGAGGUGUCAUGCGAGAAGAGAAGUGCUUGCAGCCUAUAGCAUUGUCGAGUCGAAGAUGACGACGAUUACGGUGUUUCUAAAGCUGCCGCACUUUGACGAGCAGAUAUGCCGCGAACUCGAAGUACCCAGCACAGUGACACAACUCAAGAAGCAACUUGACGUGGCCACGGGACAGGAACUGGUAUGGAAGAUUUUGUUUGAUUGUGUGCUAGUUCUUGUGUCGCUUAGGCAUUCUUGAACGGAUCACAAUGCGUUUUCUUGUUCCCUUGUUUUUUCCCCUUUGCAUAAAUAAGCAGGUUUAUAAAAAUAAGGCACCCUACUAUGAUGGUCUGACUUUUUACUUUGUAAAGCUCUCAGUCUUUUCCCUUGCUUCUAGCCCUUUCGCUUACUUGUUACUAUUUAAUAUUUUUUAUAGAAAUAAAGGAGCAGUAAGAUCCAAAAUUGACCACGGUCAUUUUUUAAAAAAUGCCAAAAAAUCGAAAUUGUGGAAUACGACAAUGUAUUCUAUGGCGUUCGUGGUGAGUGAAGUGAAAGUAGAAGCAACAAGCCUCACUGGCGCGACGAGAGAAGUGAGAGCGAGAGUUAAAAUGUUUUUUCAAGCUAAGGGUUUGUUUUCGUAAACAGAAAAAGGAAGAAAAAUCCUUUGGGAAGAAAGUCAGACUAACUGUCGUUCUAAGUAAACUCUUCUUGAGGAAGUCGUUGUUUUCGUGUUGGCUUUUUGUUUCAUUCGGUCGAAAGUCGGGAACGUUUUCUUUCGAAAUAUGUAACGGAGAUAAGAGUAGAAGUUGGAGUAACAUAAAUGGUUUAGAUAGUGAACAUCAAUCAUGAUUUCAUCUAUUAAAUAAAACACGUUUGCUCCGACUUUAAUGCUUGUCACCUUUUCCCUUACCUAUUUCGUUUUGUUUCACUUGUUGAUAAAUGUCAUUCUGAUAAUCAUUGCAUUGGUUCAUCACUUGCGCUCAACCCACUAUUUCGUCAACGUUGCGUGGAUGCAUCGUUGGCUCAAGUUUCGGAUUUGAAUAAACACUUAUUUAAGUGUUUGACAAGACGCGGCUUAGUGCCUGAAACCAAUUGUGAAGGAACCAAAUCACAUGACAUUGCAACAGCGUAGGCUGACAACAAUUCCUCAGAAGCUCAGCACGCCGACAACUACGGUUUGUCCCAGACGACUCGAUCACCGACGGUGUUCUCGUAGUGAUCCUUAGUAUCACGCAGAGUGACCGGAGAGGAGUGGAUUGAGACCCCCACAUCACUUUCGAUAGUGGUAGCGGAACGCGCGGUUACGAUACCGACCGAGCCUUCCAACGAAAAGAAGUUUUUAAUAGUUCUUCUAGAAGAAUUUCUCCUUUGAGUAAUACGAGCCCAACCAAAACUCCUAGGACAAAGUGAUGAAUCCACGUGGGGAUCAAGGUGAAACUUCUCAACGAGUACGUCUCUACAACGGCAGUGCUUCGGAGACCGAGGAAAGCCGCGAACACGCAGCGCCAGUGACAGAAGCAUCUGUUCCUGGUGUGACUGGUGCAACCUUCUUAUUGGACGCUAGUGAGCCGCCUGUUACCGACACCAUCUACGAAUCCGAUAUCGAAAUGGAAACCGGAGGUGGUGGCAACCCACAGGCACCAGACCCGAAUCUAGUUCCUCCGAGCACUUUGCAGGGGGGAUUUGCUGGGAAUGGUGGCCAUCUAGCAACAGGCAACAGCGCAGUCUUACAGGCAGCUUUGAAUGCUGCAGGGAGUCAAGGAAGGAUCCCAUACUCGGGACAAGACAUCAUCCAUGCGCAACAACUUGCACAGGCCGGAAUCAACCCCAGCGCAGCACUGAAUAUCACGUCAUCAGUGAGCAGCCCACCAGCCGUAGCAGCUAACAGUGCGCUGGCAAUCAACCAGCACGGCGUAAUGGGUGUGACCAACAACCUACCAGGAUUCCGCCCGCAAGUCAUCAACAACUCAACAACGAACAACGGGAAUUCUAGUGCCCAUCAUCCACAUCAGUAUCCACCGGGAUCCGCUCAAGCUGUUUCUGAAGCGGACCGCGCGCUGGCAGCCGAAUUCCACCGGCGCACUGUGUUGCUCCACUACAGUCAACAGGGAAUUGCAGCACAAACCGGUCAGCUUGGGGGAACAGUACAAGGACUAGCUGCGCAAACUGGUCAAUUAGGUGGUACCGUCCAAGGGUUACUGAAUUCGCAGCAGGGACUAGCAGCCCAGACAGGACAGCUGGGAGGCAGUGUGCACAAUCUGACACAAGGACAACAAGAUAUUGCGGGAUCCCUGCAGCGUGCUGAUGUCAACUUCCAAUACACUGUGAAUCAGCUUGAAACACAGAACCGAGCGCUUCAGUCGCAGAUGGCACAACAAAGUCAACAACAGCAAGUGCAAAUCGGUGAGCUCCAGGCACAGACUCAACGAAUGCAGUCUGCAAAUGGCAACACGGGUGAAAACAAUAACCCGCAGCACUUCACGAUCCACAGUGGAAAUCAGACUCCGGGCACGGACCAGUACCACACUCCUGGAGAUGGAAAUGCAGAGCAACAGCGUGAUGGAGGUGCAGCUCAGGUACCAUCUGCAGGACCAACCGGGAACAUCAUCAAUGGAGCGACAUCGCCAAGCAUCCAUCCGCCAUCGAUGACACUUGGAGGCGGGAGCCCAACUCUAGUAGAGCAGGUUAUGGGCGCACUUACUGCUGGGAGCUCGAGGAUUAGCUCCAUUGGAGGAAUGAACCCAGGAAUGCCGACUGGUGUGAACAAUGGCUGUACUCCUGGGGGCAUGGGCCCAAUUGGCGGUGGUGCACACGCGAGAGCCCCAACCGGAGGCAACAGUGGCGCCAACAACCCUGGAGGACCUCCUGGUGCGUUCAACGGAGUCACCGGCGGUGCUGGAUCGAUGGGCGGAACGCAGUUCUGGAAUCCAUUUGGCCGCGUUAUGAAUGGCGGAGCUGGAAUGACAGGACAUGCCGGAACCAUCGCGGGCACCAUGACCUCCUCGCUACUAGGAGACCAAGCACCGAUUAACAGUGGAUACGCUAACCAGGAUACGGGCGCGGUCCGCAAAGUACGCUGGAACUUCACACGCAUCCAAUUCGAGAGCGACUGGAUGAGGAUGAACGGUGGACAACGACCUGAUCCACGUUUCGUGCUCCGGGUCAAGGACCGGUUACCGGAUAGGAAUCCACCGUCGCGAGAUAGCUAUCCGAAUCUCACUCAAUUCCUAGCUGCUCUAGAAAACUACCUGCUUGGAAUUGUCCAGAAACCGUUUGCAACUGAUCAACUAGCUUUUCUCUUUCCGCAUGAAGCUGAGGAAGACGUAGUAGAGGAUCUUCUUUUUGACAAACGGGAUGACGCGCAUCCAAAUAAGUGGAAAAGCGUUUUCGCCAAGAAAGUCAAGGAGAAACUCCGAGGAACCAGAAUCAACAGGGCGAAACGCAACACACUCAACAUGACCAAUGUGGUAACACGUCUCUUCGAACAGUACCCUGCUGAAUUCAUCGUCAACCGAGAAGAAAGGGACAAGUACGAGAACUUCCGCAGGAAUGUCGGGGAAUCAGACGAAGAGGUCAUUAGGAGGUACAUCUACGUCUGUCAAGAAGCCAAGAUUGACCCCUUUCCACAAGAUCUAUCCGAGCGCGGACGAGUGUGGGAGGACUUUACUAGGAAAGUCACCCUGCAGGAUACGUCAGUCGCUGUCGCGGUCCUCACUCACCCGGUGUACAUGCAGACGAAUGGCGGAGUCGUGAUGUUUGAGCAGAUUCUAGAAUACCUGCAGUAUCAGGAGCAAGCUAGAGUCAACCUCAGGAUCAAGAAGGGGGACUCAUCAGGAGAACGGGUAGCAUUUGUCAAGGACGAAGGCGAGCUACUCUGUGACCCUGUGCAGAAUGAUGCUGGUGGAACAUCUGACGAGUCUGUCUUUGCAGCACGCGCUAACCCCGACUCCAAGUACAAGUACGAUGUGAGAAAACCUUCGGGCAAGUGGGGAAACAAUAACAAAGGAAACACUGGAGGUGGUAAUCGCAGCAGUGGUGGUGGUGGUUUCCGGAUCCAACGGAAGAGUAAACUCUACUGUGGAACUUGCGGCCGUGAGGAGAGCCAUAGAACAGAGGACUGCAUCUUCAAAGGCAAAGUAUGCAAGAAGUGCUUCGCGCCAGAUCAUCUUCAAAAGGACUGCCCAGUACCACCAAAGGAUCAGGCGGCUAAGCGAAUGCAGGCACUUGAAUUUGCAAAGAUGAAACCUUCCGAAAAGGUCGCUGCAAUCCUCGAUGCUCUUGAUGACAACCAACAGCGGCAAAUCAUCCUAUGCACGGUAGACCAAGAAGAUCACAAGCGAGAAUUUGUGUUGGAAGACCGCAGCAGUGGAAACGGCGAACUUGAAUGCUAUGAACGAGUAGCAUACGUCGAUGAUGCGGAGCCCAACGAUUCUAGUAGCGCGCAAGAUGAGGGAGCCGCUGACAAUCGAGUUGAUGAGUCAGCAAGUCAGCCACUACCAGCGGCUGGAGACCAACCAGAUGAAAAGAUGCUGUGGGUGCAUGAAGGAGCUACGAUUGUCGCUGCAGCACUUGCUGGGGCGAACUAUGCUCAUCAACCCGUGGACGGCGGUUCGCUCUGCGUCUCUGACUUUGUCCAAGAGCUGAAGUCCCUUGAAACCUGCGAAGCAAGACUACAGUCCAUCAGCAAAUCAGUAGAAAAGACGUCCGAAGUAGUGAACUUUACUCGCGAAUCUACCGAACUGCAGUGGGAUCAAGGGUACUCGGCACGCAUUUUUCUCGAUCGAAAAUCAGCUGAUGACAACUUGCGAUGGUCAAAGGAAGCAGGGCUAAAAGCGCCGGUCUACGACAUGCCAGCAACUGCAACCGGUCUUGACGGUCAUACCACCGAGAUCAUCAGACGACAACUGCAACCUUACGCCAUCCGUGGCAUUGACGGCAGUCUGUAUGCACUUGGCUUCACACGGGCAUCUGUCUCGAAUGGAGGACCAAAUCUUCUUGGGGAAGAAUUGCAGACAGAUCUGCUGAGUACCACGUGUCGCGAUCCUGGGGUGCGGAAGCACGUCCGUGGGUUUGAUGGAACCUGGCUUGCAGACUACGAGGGCAAGAAUCAAGUCAUGCAACGCGCUUUCGAGUUUACCAGCGAGGAGUACAAGAUUCUGCGGGAAAUCCAGCGCAGGAACGAUCCGAAAGACUGGGCUAGGCCAGUGUUCGUCAAGAAGGUGAUGAUGCCCAAGAACGCGGACCCAGCUGCUAAGAAACGCAUCUACGAUCUUCGCACGGUCCACGACUAUGCGAAAAGCUGUGGCGUUAGUCUCGGGCCGAAGCCGACCAACGCGUACCAGUACGAACUCAACGAACACGGAGUGCCAGUAUGCCGCCACGUUCCAGUCGGCCCAGAGGAUGCCGACGAACAGAAGGACCAUGUGGCAGUCAGUCGGGAGGACGGCUGGGGGCGAAUUGCCGAUUCCGUGAUGGGAGUCGUCGGAUCCGUGGCCAGCGCAGCUGUCGAGUAUGCAUCGUCGCAAUCCACGAUGAGCGGCGCUGACAGUGUCGACACCGCGCUGGACAGUACCUUUGCAGUACUGUGGGAUGGUGAGUUUGCCGAAGAAAACGGAUUACCAGCCAUUGACAGUGCCAGCUCUGAUCAUGCCACUUCUAGCUGGACCAAGCAAUCCAGGCAAGACCCAAGGAAGUUCAACGACACUAGUGCUCAUGCCGACGCUCUUCACUGGACGGUGGGUAAGAACCUCAUUGGUCGUGCAGGAGACAAUGGAACCUACGGAGUCUACCGCGAGGUUCACUACGGGAUCACGCAGCCGCCAUCUGUGCCGAACUGGUUGGAAAACCGAAUCCGUCUUCGACGAAUCACCAACGUUGAGUCGCAAAGACCGGCAUGCGGAGAUCUCGUCGACGACUGGAAAACCAGACGCGAACCACCAGUGUUCACAAUUGAAGGUGGAAAAGCAUGUUUCUGCAGCAUCGACUACUACUACCACAUUGCUUAUGAAGCUGAGGUGAACGAGACGAACAAGCGAAAUCCGCUGUCAGCAGAGUUAGCCGGUGGUUCGGCUGUGGAUGCCAAGCGGGGACGUCUGUCCAGCGAACACCGAGGACACCACACGUUUGAGACCGAAAUCGAAUUUGCAUCAAUCGGCCAUGGCAAGACAAUGCCUAGUGUACGCAGCGCUCCAUCUGCCCGUCGAAUGCUAAGCAUACCCGGGAAGAAUGAUUCAGUGUCCGUCUACACAUGCCGACAUCUCGAUGAUGUUCCCGCAAUCAUUCGUGACUCAGCCCGAGUGUUCGACCUCGAAGAUCUUGGUAUUGAGGAACUUCAUCUGCUGAGGCCUGACCUCACGAACAAGACUGUGAAAACUGGACUCGACGAUGCCACACAAGAAGCUGUAGCUGGAAAAGCAGUUAACGUCAUCCUCAAACACCUUCAGAAAUCUCCUCGGUGUAUCCUGCGAUGCGAAUCCGGGAUAACCUUAGCUGUCGCCCUUGGUGAACGUCUCAAGAAACGCCACAAGAAGACUGUGGCACAUUCGAGUCUGGCCAGUGAACUGUUCGUCCACAACUUAACGCUGCUUGUGAACGGGACCGCAAUCCGGUACAACGAGGAGGAACGAAUUCGCGUCGAUUCUGUUCUAUCUCCGCUGCGAAAUCUCACUAGUGGAGAAAGAAGAAAAGUGCGACAUCUUCAAGAGAUCCUCUAUUACCAGGGCCGCCUCGUUCCGUUCGAGAAAUGCGUUGCCAUAGCACGUAACCGAAUACGUGGCGUCUCUGACACAGAGCUAAAAUUGCUAGUUCGACUAAGUCAGAACGAGCAAAUUGCCAAGAUGCGAUACGGCGUUGGGUAUAAGCAGAAAGACUUCGCGAGCUUCAGCCAGAUGCUAGCGCUUCAAAGCGGUGGAGUUACACUCAUUGACACGACGUUUCUAACUGAGUUCGGACACGUGUUUACCAUCAUUGGUAUGAAGUCAGUGGCCGACGGCAGAUGUGCUUUCUACGUGUGCGGUACCAAGUUCAAACUCCUCCCUCUGGUAGAAACGGCGAAGGCAAAGGGCAGAAUUACCUCAGAAGAAGCUGACCGCUUUCUCCAGGGUAUGAUCUUCCAGUUUGCUGAAGACUGUGGCCAGAGGCUCCUACAAGGACUUGCCACACCAUCGAAGACCGACGUUAGUCGCGCGCUGAUGUACGGGAUCGACAAGAAGGUCGUGAGGAGACAGAUCUACGCGGACCCCGGGAACGAGAACCUUGCACUACGUGAUUUCUCGUACUUAGAGAAAACCGGACGAACGUAUACGUUUCUACCUUUCGGCGAAAAGGUGUACAUUCUAGAGCGACAGUUCCUGGCACUCAAGACCGCCUGGAUGAGACUCCGUCGCACGCCGGAAUGCGCGCGUAUGCCAUUGCAAGUACUGGCAAGCGAGAUCGCUCAAGCGCUAGCAACGCUUCCGGCAAGCGCUCACCUCGGACGGUCGUACGACAACGUCUUCUGGGGUCUCGAAGAAGGCAAGCCUGAAGGUCUAGUGCAUCCUCUUGAUGCCGAAGUAGAACUUCUCCAUGGAAAUUCUGAGGCACAUCUCCAACAUCUUACCGAGUCGCGCAUCAAAGUGUACUCUGAGCUUGCUGCACUCACUACGAAUGCAGAAUACAUCAACAGUACGCGAAAAAUAAUUGCAAAUGCAAGACGUGCUCAGAAGCCGGACCAUUUUGAACCAGGCGACAAGGUCACCGUGUACAACCCAGUUACCAGUGUACGUCUUCCGGGCGAAGUAGUCAGUCGGAAGAGACUUAUCAAGGGUCAGGAGCCGUAUGAGUACCGUGUAGAUUUAAAACGAGGCACUACUACUGUACGACACUCACUGCUAGACCAUCACUGCAACUUCAACGUCUUCUCGGGUAUUCCAGAUGACCUACAACCAGUCACCUUCGCAGAUUAUCAACCUGCGGGUAACCUCUUUGAUGUCGAAACACGCUGGCGCGCGCUCCAUGAAUCUGACGAAAAUAAACAACUCCGUGUGCCUACCUAUACAGAUGAUAAUAAAAACUUCUUCAAUCUCAAGACCCCCGGGGAGGGGACACAGGCAUCUUCGAAAGCAGUGCUGAGAAAUCGGAUGUCCGCCAGGUCUCGAAAGAUCCUCGAUGUAGUUGAAGAAGAGGAGGCAUCAUCAGACCUCGAAUUAUCGGAAGAUGAAGAAGAAGAAGAUGUCGAAGAGCAAAAAGAACCAGCAGUGCAAGAGGAACAGGCAGAAGCUGAAUCGACAUUCUUUGUGCAAGACAUCUCCGAAGAGGUUGAGGUGGAGUGGAUCUGUUGUGGAAGUGAGAAGCUUGCCGCGGUAGAACUCGAAGGAGCAGAUCAAGACGCGAUAGUUGAGGAAGACCGGAACAAUACCACUAAAGCGAAUUGCAUUGCACCUGCUGGCGCGGACUGGGCUGAGUACGACCCUGAGGGAGCCAAGGCCGAGGAAUGGAAAACCUAUCUGUCGUACCCAAAACGAGAAUCCAGGCGCGCGGUGUGGAAAUGGCUAGAGCGAUGUGAUGCUGGAAUGCAAAAGGAAGGUGGUGUUGGUUUCGAGCUGCUGCGGAAAACACUUCUUGACGGUGCAGCUGUGAAGAUUUCACCAGUAAGCAUUGAGGUGGCCAAGAACUGGACCAAACCGGAUCAGCGCACACCACUCGGCAAACCAGAUCUCCAACGCGAAGUUCUUGUUGUGUGGAACCAGAACAAAACGCGGAUCGUGCAGAACGAGGGACAGUAUAAUUCCGCUGGGAAAGGAUGCCUAAUUCGCAUCGUGCUGUGGACUCUCGAAGAUGGCAGAUCAUACCCGGACCUCGGAUUGCUAUCAAUCCACGAUCCAGAGGUGAGCCGCCAUCCAGAAGUAGUCCAGCGCCUUCUUGGAGCAGGAAAAUAUGCGGACUCGGAUCACACGUUCGUCUACUCUGCCGCUGGUCUGAAUGCGUCAAAACUCUACACCAAAGCGUUCAGCAAGGAGCUUGGAAGCAUGAUUGACGAAGGUCUGAUCGAGAAGUACGUCGAAGGCAUGUCGCACAGUACUGAACGAGUCUUACCAUCGCGGGGCCUUGCAGACCUCAAGAUGCAGACGGCAUGCCAUUUCAAAGUGGCUAUUCGACUUGCGCCAGGAGGACACAUGUCCACGGUGUCAGCAUCAGCUGAGUCGCCUACCAUGUCUGACGUCGAGUUCAGACUCCUGAUUUCGGGCUUGCGCAAGGUUCGAGGUAAACGGGUGUUGAGGAGCGGAGACGUCCCUCGUGCGUUCCUAAAGAACCACAGGUUUAAAGCAGACAGACGUCCGCGCUUUAAAUUUCCGGCCAACGUCUUCCACAACGCAACACUGCAGGAACUCAAAGCACGGUUCGGAAUCGAUCGGGAUACCAUCUUCGUGAUGAACAUCAGUGUGUACGGGCUAAAAGAGGCCGCCCUCUUAUGGUACAGAACGUUGUCGCAGUUCCUCACUAGCAUCGGGUUCCACUGCUCUGCCGAAAGUCCGUGUGUUUUCGUGGACCGCCAUGGAAAUAAGGUUGGACUGCACGUUGAUGAUCUGGUGUAUGCCGGUGAUGAGGUAGGUUUCUCAGGCCUAUCCAAAGCACUUGAAGCGAGGUUCAACCUAACCAGCUGGGAGGAUGCAAAAACCGGCUUCGUCUACACUGGUCAACAUGUCAAGAUGAACCAGGAAGAAAACAAGGUGGACGUAGACAUGAAGCAGAAAAUCGAGGAACUCCAGCUGCAUGUGAUGCCGAGUGGUUUUGAGAAAUCCAACAACUCUGCUACAGCAAGCACCUCAUGUCUGACCGAUAAGCAGAUCACCGACCUGAAGGCGAAGCGCGGAAGCUUGCUCUACAUCGGAAAAUGUCAUCCAGAAGCGAACUUCCCUACACGUGCUUUAGCUCUCGGCGCAGACGAACGUAAGGACGCUCGUUGGUUCCAAGGACAGAAUGCCGUGAUCAGUCGACUGAAGAAAAAUAGUCACGGCUACACCAUUGAUCUGUCCUACUCCGAAGAAAUCGUCAUCGCGUUCCCCGAUGCUUCUUUCCAACAUCCUCAAGUCGUAGAGUCGGACGGGAAUGUGCAAACGCUCGAAAGCGAGCAAGUGCGCAAGAUCUUCGAAGAGGAACCAUCAUCCAUUCUAGUUGGGUGUACUGCUGAAGAAGUGCUCUCCGUACUUGGUGCCAACAGCACCACACGCAAGCGAGAAGAGCGACGACUGAGAAACGCAGCGGUCAACAUCCCAUCUAACACAACCGAUGAUACGCAGAAGAUGUUACUACGUCUAUUUCCUGUUCUCGGCUACGUCAUCAUUUCGGUGUCUGCAGACGACUGGAAGGAGUACGAGAAAAGGCAGACACAACUGAAACGCGUCGCUACGCUGCAGGAAUACAACCAGCUCGAGACUUGCGACAUUCGUUGCAGCUACCUCGCGUCUGACACGCUGUUCCCUGGCACCGUGAGCACUUCCAGCUAUGAAGCAGAACUGCGUGCUUUUGCGGAAACGUUCCCUACGCUGGAAACGAUUCUGCUGAAAUUGCAGAAAUGGGGAGUGCUGACCGAGGGAGCCGUUCUCUCAGAUUCGAAAUCAGCAAUCAUGCGUCUCGUGUCUAAAGCCGGCAUCGGUAUGAGUGACGCCAGCGUGUACAAACUGCUGGCGCGCCUCAAGGCGUGGUACGCAGGAACCACGUCGGAAGCUGGCCACAUCACUGACAAAAGCAAUCCCGGAGAUUGUUGCACCAAAGUGGCAUCAGGCGCGAAAUAUGAUCAGUUCAUCGGUCUACUGCGUGGUCUCCUGGUGUUACCACUGGGACAAGCAUAUUUGAAGCGACGAAGCUACACGUGGGAAAGACCACUCCGUCCUACCUGUGAAGAAAUCUGAGAUCAGUGAAAGAAUGAAAAUGAAAGUAAUAAAGAAAAUCAACAAUCGUGUAUUUUUCAAAGAUCAGUCAUAAGAAUUCCAUGUAAAAGUAGAACAAAAUAAAGAUCAUGUUUAGAAGAAAGUGAAAAGAAAAGAGAAAUGACGGGAACAAGAUGAGAUCAAUCAGUAGUAGCCAUAAGUACCGGAACAAGUUCAAUUUUGCAACGUGAAAGUAGUAGUAAAAGUAAUUUUGCAUGAGCAUCAUAAAAUAGUACUAGAACAAGUCAGUUAAGCGUAAGAGUCCUGAGGUAAGACUAGGAAUAACGAACAACAUACUGGAAAUAAGAAGUUGAAGCUCAAAGGAAAGUGUGAUAAACAUAUUUAAAAAGGAAAAAGAUAGAACUAUAACUUCAGAAUAACUAAAGGUGGGAAGUUGUUCAGGAUGAGUCAGGGAGAACAAGAACCAGCCGUGGUCUCGUCCACACAGGGAGAUGAAGAAACGGAAAGUACUCUUAGUUCGGUGGAUGCCUUUUUAGAUGCAGACUCGGUGCUAGAAGAGAAUUGGGAUCCGGAAGAAGUGGAAUCCUAUGUCAUUCGCGGCGCGGAAGAAAUGCAUCUUCUUCUCAAGAAUGGACAAGAGCUAGUUCAUGAAGGAAGCUAUUCACCGACUUGGGAUAGUACUUCUCGUUGGAUUGAUGCCGACACUUUGUACGUCUACUUCUGCGAAAAGAAUAAGGUGGAUUUCAACUCGCCGGAAGAAACAGAUGAAAUGUUCAAUCGUAUCAUCAUGCGUCUCUACCGUUCCAAGGCCUGGAAGAUCUUUUGGCGUCGUGGUGGGGAAACUUCGUCGAAGGAUAUUGUUCACUCAUAUCGUCCGUGGAUUCCUACUUACGUUGCGGUGGCAAAAUUGUGGGAAGAAGAUGGCCACGCGAAAGACAUGGCCAUGCCUGCCUAUCGCCAGGAUCUUCCAACUCUUCUUGAUUUGACUGGAAGCGAAAACAAAGAAAAGAACUACUAGUGGGGUUAGGAGUUAAGAAGGGUGUUGAUAAAAACAAAUGCUAGGAGGAACGAAGAAUGUGCAAUCAACAUAGAUGUCCAUAGUCAGAACAGAAAAAUUUCAUAUCUAAAUUUCUGGUAGUGCGAUGAAGGUUUGAGUACUACUAAUAUGCUCUGAAGGGUCUCGGACUCUCAAAAGGGCAACGCCUGGGUGACUAGGUGAUUUCUUUAGAAGCAAGAUCGCAAGGGCAGUCGCUGGCUCUUUCGAAUAUGAUUCUAGGUAAGUGAUAUGCUUAUUAGUUUUUUUUGGUGGGACAUGUCUUCUAGUGACAAGCCAAUAUUCAUAGCUACACAAUGAUCACUAGUGAUGCAUUCGAUGGACUCUUUCUUGUCCAGACCGAACCACUUAUAGGAUUUGUUCUGUUAAUGCAAUAGUUGGGGAGGUGACGGAGGAAUGUCACGACCACCGUAAAUUUUCAGCGGUCGGGUUGCUGGCGCCGUCAAGAGAAGGUCAGUAAAAGGGAGAAAAAACAUAGCCAUAGCAACGUGUUAAUAAAGAGAAGUGGGUAGAUAAAAUAAUGUCUAGUCACUCUCUUUGUCGUCUUGCAUCUACUUCACUUUUCCAACCCCCGGGGCACUGUGGAAUACGACAAUGUAUUCUAUGGCGUUCGUGGUGAGUGAAGUGAAAGUAGAAGCAACAAGCCUCACUGGCGCGACGAGAGAAGUGAGAGCGAGAGUUAAAAUGUUUUUUCAAGCUAAGGGUUUGUUUUCGUAAACAGAAAAAGGAAGAAAAAUCCUUUGGGAAGAAAGUCAGACUAACUGUCGUUCUAAGUAAACUCUUCUUGAGGAAGUCGUUGUUUUCGUGUUGGCUUUUUGUUUCAUUCGGUCGAAAGUCGGGAACGUUUUCUUUCGAAAUAUGUAACGGAGAUAAGAGUAGAAGUUGGAGUAACAUAAAUGGUUUAGAUAGUGAACAUCAAUCAUGAUUUCAUCUAUUAAAUAAAACACGUUUGCUCCGACUUUAAUGCUUGUCACCUUUUCCCUUACCUAUUUCGUUUUGUUUCACUUGUUGAUAAAUGUCAUUCUGAUAAUCAUUGCAUUGGUUCAUCACUUGCGCUCAACCCACUAUUUCGUCAACGUUGCGUGGAUGCAUCGUUGGCUCAAGUUUCGGAUUUGAAUAAACACUUAUUUAAGUGUUUGACAAGACGCGGCUUAGUGCCUGAAACCAAUUGUGAAGGAACCAAAUCACAUGACAUUGCAACAGCGUAGGCUGACAACAAUUCCUCAGAAGCUCAGCACGCCGACAACUACGGUUUGUCCCAGACGACUCGAUCACCGACGGUGUUCUCGUAGUGAUCCUUAGUAUCACGCAGAGUGACCGGAGAGGAGUGGAUUGAGACCCCCACAUCGCUUUCGAUAAAAUCUAGAAAAAGAGGAUCUGACUCCGAAUAAUUGUUUUUACUUGUGACUCGGAUGAUCUUACUAGGCUGCCGAAAAAGGUAUCCAUGAUCUUUUUGCUGAGUAUGCACACAUAUUGGUCACAUUACCCCUAUGCGUGUUCCUCUAAAAACUUUCUUCUUGUUUUUCAUCCCUUGGUGUGUCUUUUUUAAAAAAGGAGAAUAAAUGCGACCGUUCCAAAAUGAAAAACAGCUAUGCAGGCAGAUAAGACAGGAUACCAGAAGCAUUAGCGCGUUAAGCGUACUCGGUUUAAAACUAAUUUGAGAUUGUGUUCAGCAUGAUUUUCAUAUAAGAUCCAAAGUACCUUUUCCGAUAAGAAUAAAAAUCGAGACCCUUGGUCUAAAACUGAUUACUCUCAUUUCUACUAUUCCAGCACUCAUCUGCUUUUUUACCUGAUGAGUAUUGUGGAAGGAAUCUCUCGACUUUUUGAAUGUUCCUCUGCAAUCACGACCCUUUCUAGGUGUGCAGUCACCCUCGAUGGAAAGAGCAAUUUGCACUCGUAGAAAGCGUCGGGCAGUUGUACGAUGGGUGCAACAUCAAGCUCAUUGUGCCCAAGCGACGUCUCUACGUUUAUGGCCAAGGCAUCAACUAGAACGACUUUAGAGAACAAUCCAGAAAAACAGACUACUACUAUUGUUGAGUCGCACACGACCUUUUUCAUGUUCACGUACAGUGCAAGCGUCAUGAAUGUACUUACUGCCACCCUCUAACCGUCCCUUCCAGAAUCCGAAAAAGGUAAUGCAGCAGCCUGGAAACCAGUGGUGUGGUAUCCCGGAGCGACCGUAGAGGACAUCGAGCGUGCGAUAUUACAGACUGUGCUAGGCAGUGGCGUCAACACUGCGCAGAAAACGUUGACGCUGUUUGCGGCAGAGUCGGGAAUUGUAUCUGGGUCGGCGUCUGGCGGCAAGGAGGAAGACCAGGUCUUAGCGCUCUCCACGAGUCUACCACAGGAUGUGAAAGUAUAUGCCAGAGUCGCAGGAGGACUCGGAUCGCCUAGUGCACCUACAACAUACGCACCACCAUCACGCGGUAGGGAAGCAUCACCACCGGUUGCAACAGCACAAAGCAUUAUGCCAAGAGUUCUUGGGCUUUUCUGGGGCGAAUAAGCAGGUUUGUAAGUAAGUAAAUACACAAUUUAAUAUUACAACAGCUUGUGAUCUACUCAACAAAAACAAGGAUGAUGUUGCGAUUAUGAAUUCUCGAUUGAUCACUCUGUCUCCUAGUUCUAAGAUAUUGUUAAGUCUAAAUCCUCUAACCCCUUCCCACCACCAGUGGCCAAUCCAGUUAGCAAUCCAGUGACUUCUAGUAGCAAUGCAGGUGCUACUAGCAAUCUGCAGGAAGGUGGCUCGAGAGCCAGUACAGCAGUACGUGCUUCUAGUCGUGUCUCACGGAUAGAAACGCUGAAGGAAGGGUCAGCGCCCCUAAGAAAUUCCGCACCCGAUGAGCACUGCGUUCAUAUUCUGCAGGGGCAUACAGGAUUUGUGCUGUGUUUGAGUACUUUAAAACAAUUUCUGUUUCUUAAUGCUCCUCAUUGAAAUUAUCUCAUCAACGAACACACGCGGUCCUACCAAAAGGAACAAGUACUGAUUUCUUUCAGUGAUUAGCCUCAUCAAACGACCACCCACAAUAUCCAGGUAUUGUCGGUGAUGUGUUGUUUACCGGCUCACAAGAUGGCACUGUGAUGAUCUGGGACCUAAACAAUUUGCAGUAUAUCGGCACCUUACCGGGACACAAGAGCUUUGUUCGUUGUUUGGAUGCGCAUUAUUAUGAUGGGACGAAAUCUACAUCUACAACUUCUAUUGUUCUGAGUCUUCUGGUGCUGCUUAUCUUUAUCAUAAUUGAGCGACUAGAAGUACUCGUCAAGUAACGCUGGCGGUCUCGGGGCCUAGAGACAUUCAAUAUUGGAACGCAUAGGAUAAGCCGAAGAUGAGGCGCCAAUAGAGUGUCGUAAUAUGGUCUUAGGGUGAUCAUACCUUGUGUGUGUGUGUGUGGUUGUUGGGUGCUUGCUCCAUAUCCACCAGAUUCAUCACAGGGAGAUAUGUAAGUAGUAGUUUGCCCGCUCUAACCCAUCACCAAAAAGCGGCUGGUUUCCGGUUCCAAGGACAAGACGUUGAAAGUGUGGUCUCUAGAGACUUUCACCUGCGUGAAGACGCUCACCGGUCACACCGACGAAGUAUAUAGCGUCAAGGUGCUGGACGCGAUAUUCAUUUCCGGCAGCGAGGACAAGUACUACUUUUUUUGUGUUGAGACACACGCAAGUCAGACAACGGUUGUGUAUGCACGAACAAUACUCCUUCCAGGAAGGAAUGUGAUGUCUAAUCGCAUUUCUCAAUUUACUGUAUCUAUUCGUAUUGACGACACUUGCGUGACACAGUCCCAUCGCAUCAUUUCACCAAGGACCAUGCGAGUAUGGGACCUCAAAACGCUGGAGGCUUUACUAGUUGUGGAGCAGGCGCAUGGAGCAGCCAUUUUCGCUAUGCAAUCUUUGACCCCAUCUGUGCUUAUGACAGGUGGAAGGGAUCGUGUGGUAUUCACUCACUUGUUUGGUUGACUCACUUGUUUGGUUGACUCACUUGUUUGGUUGACUCACUUGUUUGGUUGACUCACUUGUUUGGUUGACUUGUUUGAUAGUCUAUCAUUCGGUCUUCUUGCUCUUUUUUUUAGAAGGUACAAUUAGGCUGAAGGGGCCUCAAUACCAUUUGACAGGAUGGACAAUGGGGUAGCAUGGCAUGAAAUGGUGGUUGACAGGAUUGUCUGGUCGUUCUGAUUAGGGUGUUUUGAUUAUACUUGCCAGUACAACAAAUGAGAGAGGAAAAUCGCUUAUCGAUGAUCUUCCAGAUAAAAUUGUGGAACACAGUGGAUCGAUGGUCGUUGCUGAAGACACUUUUGCCACCCCACUACGACGGCGUGCAAGCAUUAGCGGUUAGUGGGAAACGGGGAAAGUUCUAUUCCGUGUCUCGAGACCGAAGUAUCAAUUAAGGCACUACAUUGUUACAAAGUGUUUACCACUGUCCAAUGAAAGCGCAAGAAUCGUUGUACAUUGAAGUUUUACUCGAAAUUUUAGAAGGGGACAGGAACGUCGUUAUGACUGAUGAUUUUACUGUGGCGUAGCAUCAAACUCUAAUCUUCGGAGUGGGAUUUUUUCAAUCCGACUACGAGAGCACGAGCAAGUGGCGUAGGGACACAGGAGGCUGCAGAUGCCUUAAUUGUCGAGAACAAGGCGCAGCAACUCCAUGUUCAUGGAGAUUGGAUAACCAGUUGCUGCCUAGACCCUAGUGAGGACAUGCUCAUCACUGGCGGCAAAGACUGCUGCGUCAAACUGUGGGAGUGCGUGCCUUCGCUAGCUUGCCUAGAUUGCUAUACAGGGCACAAGGGACCAGUCACCGCACUUGCCUGCAUGAAGAACUAUCUGUUUUUAUGGUUAGUAGAAAAAGUGCUGGAGUCUGAGGAGAGUCUCCGAGAAUAAAUGGGAGAAGUGCAAGGGCUGUUUCGACGGCACAUCACGCUCCCUACUCAGAAAACACAGCAGAAGUCGAGACUCAUAGCGUUGCUUCAUCGUUCAACAUCUAUAAGAUUUCUCAACUAUAUCUCAUACAACCUCGCUUUUGUACUGGUUUUGUUUACCGGAACCACCUCUAACCUUUUCGGCAAGUAACGAUCGCACUGUCCGCGUGUGGAAGAUGCCGCAGGCGGGGGAUGAGGAUUAGGCCAGUCUGUUGUUGUCAACUCCCUUUUUUUUGGCACGAACGAAAAAAUAAACACUCAGGGUCUAAUUUCAAGGCGGUACUUCGUUUUUACAAACAAUUCAACUUCUCGAACUAUUUUCUCAUAUACUCAAUCAAUCAGAGACUAAAACUGUCAUCAGAUUUUUAGCUAAUGCCAAAACUGUUUUCACUUUCGUACGCUGAUCAUGAAGUAAGUUGAACUUCAGUCCUUUAGUGAUGUAGUUGGUUCUAUAUAUCCAUCGAAAAAAGUUCUAUGCCGACUACAGCCUUCAUGAAUCCUUAUACCAGCUCCAGGUCGUCCUGGUCCUUGAUGAUGCUGCGCAGAUAUCCAGGCAAAAUGGCAAGUACAUUAUAAUUCACAAUGAUUCCUUCAUCUGUUUCUGCUGCAGAAAUCAACGAAACGAACAACUCCUUAAUGAAAAUUUGACAUCCAAGUUCAACAAGACAGCAAGAAAUAGUCCAUCAAAUGAUGAAGGAGGGUGAUUUCAUUCGAUCAUCGAUGGUGGAGAAUUCGACACCAUGCAUGGUGCUGCACUAGGAAGGACAUUCCAAGUGGGUUCUGAGCAACUUUUCG